AUGAAUCGAAAUGUACUGGAAUCGAAAAAAAUAAAAUGCAUCAUUGGUUUUUUAUCAUUUAAUCUCAGCUCCAAUCUGACUAACCUAGCACAGAAUAAACAAGUUAACUUUCAGAAUAUCCUUACCUAUCUAAACAGCUUUAUAAGUAUCCGUCUUCCUCAAAACACUGGAAUAAACGGAAAUCUUUCUAAUUUCUUUCUCACACAUAAUGAGUUCAAUAUGAACAUGGGCUGCCCGAUCAACUUAUUUCAUGCACUACAUUAUUAUUUUGCGUAUACUCAGUACAUCUAUAACUUUCUGAUCUCUUACAAUCGAUUCUGCGCAAUCACUAGUCUACUUGAUAUUGAGAAAAGAUGGAAACGUUCGCUAUGGAUAUUUGUGACUAUUAUGUUUGUAUAUCCAAUGAUUCCAGCCGGCCUGAUUUUUUUCAAUCGUUCAUACUACACAUAUGUGAGCUCAAAGGACAAUUUCUACAUAAGCUCAACGCUGGGACAUAAAGCAAUCUAUGGAUUCCUUGCUCCAAAUCUAUUUAUCAUUACAAUUUUUAACACCGUUCUGAACAUCAAGGCAUAUAAAAAACUGCUUGUAUUGAAAAAAACAUUGAGAAGUGUUCCGGACACAAAUUUAUUUUAUAUGUCGCUUGCUAUGUUUGGCAUUGACUCUUUUCUAGCAGUUUUAUCCACAUUUAAAGCGAUAAUUUUUCUGUUGGAGCUGAAAAACUCUUCUGAAUUUUUCGAACGUUUAGUGGACUGGAUAGAUUUACUGGUUCCGUUUGCUAGUGACGCACUAACUCUGACUCAGCCGCUUCUUUUGCUGUAUUUCAGUAGCACUCUUCGUCAAAAGUGCAUCGAACGUUUACCCUUUCUCAAGGUUUUUCUUAAUAACCGAUUUUUUGUCAGAUCAAGAAAUAUGCAUCAGGAACUAACCAAAUAUUAA